AUGUACGUCGGAGAUCUCGUUCUACGGAAGCUCGACAAGUGUACGACGGCAGCGCAAGUGUGGGAAACAUUGGAUCGAUUGUACAUGGCCAAGACUCUCCCCAACAGAGUUCAUGCUCAGCUCAAGGUCUAUGCAUUCAAGAUGACGGACUCGAGGACAAUCGAUCAGAACGUCGACAUCUUCCUGAAGCUAAUUGCGGAUCUGAGCAAUCUCAGCAUCGACAUCCCUGAGGAGGUACAAGCUAUCUUACUUCUUAAUGCCCUUCCCCCUAGGUUUGAUUCGUUGAAAGAAACCUUGAAAUAUGGUCGAAACGCAAGAAAAUUUGAAGAGGUUAUUAGUUCUGCGAAAUCGAAAGAGUUGGAAUAUAUUGAUUCACCUAGCCAUAAGUCUAUCGGGGAAGGUCAUUAUGUUAGAGGUAGAUCGGAAUCUAGGGGCACUAACAAUGCAGAUAAGAACAACAAGAACCGAUCGAGGUCUAAGUCUAAGGAUGGCAAGAGAGUGUGCUGGAUCUGUGGAAAGGAGGGACACUUCAAGAAACAGUGUUACAUAUGGCUGGAAAGGAACAAAGGAAAAGGUCAGUCGCAGGAUCAUGGAGAGUCGUCACUGGCUAAGGAUGAUGCACGAGACUUGGUGGGUUUCAUGGCCUGUGAAGCGAACGUUUCCACAGGAGAGAAUAUCAAGGAAGAAUGGUUUAUGGACACAGGGUGUUCGUUUCAUAUGACACCAACGAAGGAAGUGUUCAUUGACUUUAAAGAGUCUGCAUCCGGGACGGUUCAGAUGGCAAACAACACCAAGGCGGAGGUCAAGGGAGUCGGCUCCGUGAGGUUUGAGAACCCCAGAUGGAACCACCUUCGUUCUGCAUGA